GGGCUUCAGGAGCAGGGCAGCUGUUCUGCAGAGCUGGGCCAUGACAGCGACGAGUCGAUGAGGCUGUUGUCAAUGAACUUGCUCUUUCUGCGUCCUCUUCCUUUGGCUGUUUUCUGCAGGAGGCAGCAAGGAUGGCAGUGAUGAACCAGGUGGUGGCGACGUGCUGGACGUGUCUGCUCCUCUCCGCCUUCCUGUGUGAGCCCGUGCUGGCCAAAGGAGGCCGUGGAGGUUCCCGGGGGUCCUCACGUGGCACCUCCUCCCGUGGUUCAUCUGUGGGGGGUUACCGUGCGGGAGGUGGAUACGGCGGGACGCGCUCCCGCUUCGGCGGUGCGGGGCGCUCGUCCCCGGUGCGCGUGGCGGCCGCAGCGGCUGCAGGCGCGGCGGUGGCGUUAUCAGCUGAUAAGUGGUACGCAUCUGCCUACCGCCGAAGCAACACCGACAGCUCAGAGGAAGACCUGGAUUACUACAAUCGGACCAAUUAUUUCGAUGCCCAAAUGUCAGGAACAACUCAAAAUGUAUCAUCUCUCACUCAAGUUGUUUCUAUCAUUAUAGCAACGUUUUCCCCCAAAUAUGGAUACUUACUGGACAGUAUAUUGUAGAUGUUUACCUAAUUUAUUAUGUCCAAUUGAUGAUUAAGUCUAGUGCUAUACUGCCCUGCACUUGUCCAAAAUGUGCAGAACUGCCUAGAAACCUGCACUGUGAAGGCCGGCUGGGAAGGCAACACGAUGGUGGAAGGAAACAACAAUCACAAAAACCUGAACACCUCACUGUACUGUACAUAACACUUAUAAUCACCUAUACCAACUGACACAUGUACAUAACCAGCACAGCAUUCAGUGUGACAUUUCAUCUCUCAAAUAUUCAGCUGCUGUCAGAUCUAUUUCAGUCUGCAUAAUCAAGAUAGGUGCCAAACAAAUUAAUCAUCAGUUUCCUGACUUAAUGCUAGAUACCCUUGUAUCCAACUGAAACAAUUAGUUUGCUCAGACAGCAUAAAGCCUAUUGAGAGUGUAGGCAAACCUCUGCGUGCCAAUCUUAUUAAGUUAGACUAUUACAUUUUUAUUAUAAAAAAGCCUUAUUUUCAUAACGUGCGUACAAGUGCAAAGUGUAUGGCCAGCAACACUGCUCACUACUGUUGAUGUGAACAGUAACUUAGUUCAAGGUUUGUGUGGAAAUGUGAAAACCCACGGUCUGUCAUGUCACUGUUUACACAUACACUACAUUUUCUAAAAAUACUAAGGUGCAGAUAACUAUGAAAACUAUGACUAAUUUUUUAUUUUUUAAUUUUGACAACAGGGUAGAAUUGCACUUAAAUUUGACUACAGCACCACAUUGGCACCAGCAUUAUUGCGCCUGUGAAAUAAAGGUACCAUGCUGCAUGUCAUUUUUUUUUUUUUUUUUAUAAAAACCCUACAUCCCUUGGUAUUAUGACCACAUGUGAGGGUUCUUACCAACUUUCCCUUUCUUAAAGUCAUACCUUUCCCAGAAAAAAAUAUAUAAAAUAUAUAAGAUAUAUAACACCAUACCUAGUGGCCAUAGCUAAAGAUGAUUCUUCACCACAAUAAAUAAAACAUUGUCAAGUAACAGUGGAUCGCUAUUUGCAUCUCAAACCUCAUAAAAUGAGCAGUGCGGUGUGUAUCAGGAGAGUUAAACAGCAUUAGCCAUAAUUAUGCAGAAUUUCUGUGCAAUUGCCAAACUUUUCAAAUUCAUUUUCCUGUGUAAAAAGGACAUUUAUGGGUCAGAGGCGGGGUGGGGAGGGAUAUUUCUGUAGAAAACAUCCUGCUACUGUCAUUGUUACUCAUAUCUCUGAAGGUUAUGUCGGGUUUCUGGGUCAGUCCAACAUCCCAGAGGAGUUUUUCACCUGCAGUAGACACUCAGGAGCAACAGACUGUUUCUUAGAUACACCUGCACUCUAUAAUAUGCUACAAUAUUUGCGAAAACAAGAUUCUGGACAUAAUGAAUACAGAUUUUAUUAUAACUGUCUUUAUGCUAAUAAAUAUCCCUUGUUUACAUCA